GCUCGCUGAGGGGCUGGAGCGUGUGGGUUCGGAGGCCGGCGGGGCGGCCUGACCCAGCCUGAAGCCCCGGCGGCCGCCACCUCUGGGGUCCUGGGUAAGCCGAUGGCCCUGCCGAGCAGCCACCCGGGAAGCACCCUCCCGGUGCUGGGGAUUCGAGGGCGCAGGGCGCUGAUGAGGUCCAGCCCUGAAGCCGUCCCGGGCCCCCCUGCGGGGGACAGCGGAGAGAGCGGGUGACACCUCCUUGGGGAAACCGAGGCCCGACGUGGAGCCCGGGAGGAGGGCUGGAGCGCUGGCUCCGGGCGCCACCCCCUCCCGUCCUCGGCCAGUGGCUCAGCACAGGACGGGAGCUGGGGUUCUCCGGGGAAACUGAGGCCCGAUGGCAGUCCAGAGGAGGCGGCGUGGGCUCUGGGUCCUGGAAACCCCCCCCCCCUCCCCCACGAGGUGAGGGGGCGGGACAUGCAAGACAGCAGGGGGAGCGUUCUGGGCUUUUACUGCAAGGUUCAAACCCAGCUGCCUCAUUCCUCCCUCCCGCCUUGGUCUCAGGAGGCUGCCAGAGGCUGUAAACCCUGCCUCCCUCCCAGAGCGGAUGGAGCAGAAACUUUUAUCGAACUCAAACAGGUUUUUUAACUGGCCGCACAGGAGGGCCGAUAACUGGAACGUCAGGCUUGUGGCAAGGCAAGAGGGUUGUUAUCGAAAGGCAGCCAGACAUGGAGAGGGACUUAAAACUCAAAUCCACCUUCUGGAAGGGAAGAAGGAUCCGUUCGCAUGAAUCCCGUCCUGGUGGUCCAUGGCGGGGCAGUCAGGAUUGUUGACAAGGACCGGAAAGAGCGGGUGCGGCAGGGCAUCAUCAGAGCCGCCACCGUGGGUUACAACAUCCUCAGGGAGGGAGGGAGCGCAGUUGACGCCGUGGAAAGUGCUGUGACCGUCCUGGAAGAUGAUCCCGAGUUCAACGCAGGUUUUGGAUCUGUCUUAAACACAGAUGGUGAAGUUGAAAUGGAUGCCAGUAUCAUGAAUGGAAAAGACCUGUCUGCAGGAGCCGUGUCUGCAGUCCGCUGUGUAGCAAAUCCCAUUAAAUUUGCACGGCUUGUUAUGGAAAAGACACCUCACUGCUUUCUGACUGAUCAAGGUGCAGCAAAAUUUGCAGCAGCCAUGGGGAUUCCAGAGGUUCCUGGAAAGCAGUUGGUAACAGAGAGAAACAUAAAACUCCUAGAAAAGGAGAAGCAUGAGAAAGAUGCUCAGAAAUUAGACUGCCAAAAGUAAG